AUGGCGAAGGAAAGCAAGCGGUCCAUUAGGAAUAUCUUGACCUCGCGGAUGGCGAGUCCGUUCCAGCGUACGCCUGAGGAAUAUGAAGACAUGUCUUCUCUCUUGCCUCCGAGCAACAGUGGAGAAGACGGGGUAUCGGGUGACGCUGCGUCUGAGAAUGCGGAGAGUAUCGAGGCAGAGGUUGGCCACAGCGACGUCGAAGCAUCGCGGAGAGCAAUCGGCCAGGGAGAAUCGAUGUCCAGCAUAGGAGCGUCUAAACCAAGCCAAACAAAUACCAAGGAUGUCAAGAUGUAUGCCGCACCGAAGAAACGUCCGCUAUUCUCAAUGCGGCGGAAAUCAUCCGCUGCGUCAUCAAGUACUUGA